UCGGGUUGGGUUGUGCUUGAAGGUUUACGGGCGCGUCGUCGUUGAUGUCGGAUGUCGGAAGGCGUCGUCAUUGUUACUCUAUCUUCCUCAUCGUCGCCGCCGCCGCUAUCGUCGUUGUCGUCAGAUCUCUUUUGUCUAUCUACCCUGUCCUCUGACGGGAAAUGUUAGUCUCCUUGUUUUUUUCUUGUUUUUACUAUUUUAUUUGUUUUUCCUGUAUUUUCUUGGCUCGGCUGGGUUGGGUUGGGUUGCUUCGCCAAGUUUUGCUUGGCUUGGCUCUGCAUCCUCCUCUUCGACCAUCAUCGUCACUGUCUAUCGUUUGUCGUUCUUCAUACGCUCGUCUUAUGUUGGCUUUUUUCUGUUCUCGUUGCUGGAGAGGCGCCGCUACUGGUCCGUGGGCGGUGGGGUGGGGUGAGCCAAAGCCUGCGCGGUUACCUGUGCAGCGCGGCGCGCCGCGACGUCAACGCUCGCUCGCUCAUUCAUUCAUUCAUUGGCUUGCUUGUUUGUUUACUUAGUUCGUUCAUUCGUUCAUUCGUUCAUUCAUUCAGAGAGGGG